CUCGGUGCACCUUUCGAUCGAUUCCAACAUUUGGCUUGCUUCGAUAAGAAGACAGUUCCCUGUGCUAGUUAUAAAGCUUCACAGUGACGUCAAGAAAGAUAAAUGCGAAUUACGUCAACGCAGUGCUUGGGCGACAUAAAUAUCGGAAUUUAGAUUUGCACUUCAUGGCGCUUUUUCGUCUUCUUCGACCAUCUACUUAGCAUUGUUGAUUUACGUAUGAACUUGUUGCUGCCUUUAGAGUAUUUUUAGUGUGACUGCAACAACAAAGGACUUCGAACUGCAGGAUCCUUGAAGUCGCAUACCGUUAGCAAACGCCAGAGAGGGUGUUAACACUGUUGAAUUUACGCCACUUGUCCACUGCAUUCUCGGGCGCCCGUCAUCAAAACUACAUGUCUUCUCCAAAUCAAGCAGAAGAGGAUGGGUUGGAUGAAGUGGAGUUUGUAUCUGAGGGCCAACUCAGACCAAUGCUGGAGUGUGUUGAUCUGCUGAGCGAUAGCGACGAAGAGGGCUGUUCGUUCUCGAUCGAAGAUAAAAUUGACCGUCAAAAGGCGCAUGUUGCAUCUACUCUGGAUAGACUGGCGCAGCAGGUGGCUCUGGAGAAGCAGGAAAGAGCAGACAAAUGUAGAGCCUUCAAGGAGAAACAAAUUCAACAGAGAGUUCAUGGACAGCAGGAGAUUGCGUUUAGUUCAACAAAUGGAGUGAAUCGAGAGGCAAAGCGCUGUGUGGAUAUGUGGCUUAAGAUGCCCGGUCUCCGGCCUGGAGCGAUCAGUUCUGGUUCUAUAAGACGACGCAGGCCUGUUUUCCCCAUGAACCCUUCGACUAAACAUACAUGUCCAGUAAUUAACUGCGGUCGUGUUUACGACAAUGUGUCUCUCCUUGAUGGUCAUCUAAAAAGGUUUGACCACUCACCUUGUGAUCCAACCAUCAGUCUUAAAGGAAGUUCCACUAUGUUAUUUGCAUGUGUGGCCUGUUGUCGUCAUUUUCAGACCAAAGAAGAGUGGCGGACACAUCUUAAAUCUAAGGUGUCCUCAUCUCAUCCCGAGGGUCACUGCAUGUCUCAGAGCUACCAGCGCAUUGUGUGCUUCGCCUGUCCUGCCUGCUACCUCCUCUUCAACCUGAGGGACGAGUGUCGACAGCACAUGGUGGCAAAAAAACACUUAACUGAGUCCCUCACAAUGAGUGAUACAAAAAAAGAAGCAGCGCCAGUUCCAGUUCCACAGCACGUUAAGAAUCACCUCAUCGCCUUGUGCAAGGACACCCCGUUCACAGUCCGAUGCUCUAUUUGUCAAAAAGUGCUGACUUCGCAUCAGGCAGCUCAAGCUCACUUUAAUGUGAACUGCAGACAUGGCUGUGCAGUGGCCAAUGCUGAAGAUACAGUGGUGCAAGUAGUGAAACAGCUACAAGUGCGAGGCCAAUGCUCCCUCUGCUGUUUAAUCUUCUUGAGCCAAGCGGAAGUGGAACGUCACAGAGAAGCCACCAAACAUGAAGUGGAGGUCAACAGGACGAUGGAGCGAGCUCUACUUCAGUACGGAAGGUUUAAUGAAAAAAAACACGGCUAUAGGGCUAAUCAUGAGGAGAAAAACACCGGAACACCAAUUCAUAGAAGAAUUACGACCAAGAGAGAGUAUGAAAAGAUAUCAGUCAAACGACAAAAAUUAAGUAGCUGUACAACUGCAUGGUUCUGCGAAUGUGGUCUGAGGUUCUCGGAGGAAACCUUGGCCAGUAGUCACCUCUUAGCUGUGAACCAAAUCUUCUACCAAUGCGGCGUUUGCGGCAAACACAUGGGAGAAUCUUCCAUCACACGCUUGCACAUGAGCCGCUUUCACGGGGGCGCACAUCUCUCUAACUUCUUUUUCUACUGCCAUAAGUGCAAAGUGGAAAUGCCUCGCUUGGAAGAUAUCAUGUCACACGUGUCGGAAGCACACACCGGGCACACCUUCUUCACUGAACAGAAAGUGUCUGAGGAUGUCAAGCCAUCGACGAGUAACGACAUUAAAACGGACCUGUUCUCCUUCUCUAAGUCCACAAUUAAGCCCAUCACAGAGGAGGCGGCAUCCUCUUCUAGAGCGUCGCCGACUUGGAUGUGCAGGAUGUGUGAAGAUGUGUUCGACUCUGAGACCGCCGUCCGCAAGCACUGCGGCAACCUUAGCAGCCACAGCUUUCAGAGGUUCGUCUGCGGCCACUGUCCGCAGAAGUUCUUCAAGGAGUCCACCGUGCGGCGGCAUUGCGCCAACGAGCAUGACGGGCAAAUGAAGAGUGCCUACUUCUGCGGCCUUUGCGACAGCAUGCAGUUUGACUCUGAAGGAGAGUUCCUGCAGCACUACGAAAGCCUGCACAGUAAAGACUACUACUGUAUAGACAACAACGAUCUUAUUCAGCCCACUGAGAGCAUCUCACCUACGGAGUCAUGUCCCUGCAUGAGCUCAGAGAAGAACAGAGACGAAAUUAAAGCCGCCUACACGCGGUGCAUGAAGGCACUGGCCUCUGAAGGUCUCUGUCAGUAUGUGUGUGCUCCUUGCGCAAUAAGCGUGCCCUCCUACGCUCAGAUCAAGACUCAUGUCCACACCACACAUGCUGCCUUCAACCUGGAUGAGAACUUUGAAGUACAAUGCCAAACCUGCAAGGUACGCUUUGGGGAUGUUCCGAAGUUCCAUAAUCACCAUCAUUCUCAGCACUGUGCAUUAGAGCCAUGCGUGAGCUCCAGGACCUGUGGGAAAGAAGUAACAAAACAACCUCAAACACUGAAUGAUGUGGAGGUCAAAGCACAGCUAAAUGCAGGCACACUGCAAAGUGUUGUGUUUAAAGUGGAGCUGGCUGAGACAGAUGUCAAUCAAAGGGAGCAACAAACUCAACAUUGCUCUGGGUCACCAGAUGAAACUGAUGAAGAUGUAAAAAAAGCAAUGGCUUUGAAUGCAGAAGACAGAGAGUCAGCAGAGUUCGAAGAGGCUCUUCAAAGAAGCCUUUUGGACUUCUGAGAAGAAGCUUUUUGCACAUUGUUCAUGAAUAACAAAAGGUUUUGCACUUUAUUUGUUAUUUCAACCCUGGAAACAAUACAUCACUGGUGUCACUUCUGGUUGGAAUAUAUUUAAAGGGUUGUUUGUGCUAUAAAGGGGUCAACACGUGGUUUUUGAUGGCAACAUUGACACUGCAAGAGUUCCCACAUAGCCACACACUGUUCCACACCUGUUUUUAUUUCAACACACGAAAGCCAAUCUGUUUCACGCACACUCAAGGAAAAGUGCACCCCAAGGAGUGAUUCUGGAGAAGCAGUAGUAACAAUGGAGUCUUGUUUAAUUGUGAAUGGAACUGUUAAACACCUUCAUUAAAUGAAAAUAAAAGAAAGUAAUGAGA